UUCAAAUUGAAAACGAGCGGGCCUGACUCCAUCCACUGCUGCUGCUCUUUCAUCACCACCAACUGCUCAACUUCAUCUUUCAAACUCUAUUCCCCUGACACCACCCUCUCAUCCCCAAAAAUCACAAAAAAGAAAUUUUCAGAAACAAAAUUACGAGCUCCAUGUUACAUUUUCAAGCUUAAAGGAAAAAAAAAUGUCCAGCUCAAGACUUACCGUAGCUCGAAACCCACACUCUAGUAAUCAACAAGAAGAACCUUCAACAAAAGAGAACGAAUUCGAAACCUCUUUGAAUUCUUCAGCUCACUUUCCGCCGCCGCGAACACCACUAAAUUCGAUUCCAGAUCCAACUCAGUGUCACAAAGAAACACACGAUUCCGGUUUUGACGGUAAACUCGAAACUACACGAUCUGGCAGAUUCUCAACUGGAACCCCUAGGGUUUUGAUUCGCCAUGGGAAAGCAGCACAAUCAGAGCCUAACUCUGCGCAUAACACGCCUGCUAGGAGUGCCUCAAGAGCCUCGCUCGGUGGUGCAUUGGGAGGUUAUGCGACCGGAACUAGGAGUUUGCAGUUUACUAAAGGGAAAGAUGUGAGUUUUUCAAGCUCCAGGGUCUCCAGAGGGAUUUCAGUGGCGAAUUCGGAUUUUUCCGUUGAAGUUCCACAUUUCGAGCUCGAUGAAGAUCCUUCAUUUUGGAAGGAUCACAAUGUGCAGGUUAUGAUAAGGAUCAGGCCAUUAAGUAAUAUCGAAAAGGUUUCGCAAGGGUAUGGUCGGUGUUUGAAACAAGAGAGUGGACAUACAUUAGUGUGGCUUGGUCAUCCUGAGACUAGAUUCACAUUUGAUCAUGUUUCUUGUGAGACAAUUUCACAGGAAAAACUAUUCAAGGUUGCUGGACUGCCUAUGGUGGAGAAUUGCAUGUCUGGUUAUAACAGCUGUAUGUUUGCUUAUGGUCAGACUGGGAGUGGCAAAACAUAUACCAUGAUGGGAGAGAUAAAUCAGGUGGAAUGCAAGCUCAGUGCGGAUUGCGGGAUAACGCCUCGUGUAUUUGAGCACUUGUUUUCAAGGAUUAGAAUGGAAGAAGAGAGCAGAAGGGAUGAGAAGCUGCGGUUCAGUUGCAAAUGUUCUUUUCUGGAGAUAUACAAUGAGCAAAUAACAGAUCUCUUGGAGCCAUCAUCAACUAAUUUACAACUCAGAGAAGACUUGAAUAAAGGUGUAUAUGUUGAAAACCUCACGGAAUACAAUGUGAGGACUGUUAAUGAUGUCAUCAAGCUUUUGCAACAGGGGGCUGCAAACAGGAAAAUGGCAGCAACCUAUAUGAACAGUGAAAGCAGCCGCUCCCACAGUGUUUUCACUUGUGUCAUUGAAAGCUGGUGGGAAAAAGAUUCCAUGAACCACUUCAGAUUUGCGAGAUUAAAUUUAGUAGAUUUAGCUGGUUCUGAAAGGCAGAAGAGCUCUGGUGCUGAAGGAGAUCGUCUGAAAGAAGCAGCAAAUAUAAACAAAUCCUUGUCAACUUUGGGCUUGGUGAUAAUGUCACUGGUUGAUUUAGCGCAUGGAAAACACAAGCAUGUUCCCUACAGAGAUUCUCGGUUAACAUUUCUACUUCAGGAUUCUUUGGGUGGGAACUCAAAAACAACAAUUAUUGCGAACGUCAGCCCAUCAACAUGCUCUGCACAUGAAACGCUGAGCACCUUGAAGUUUGCCCAACGUGCCAAACUCAUUCAGAACAAUGCUAAAGUGAACGAAGAUGCUUCGGGUGAUGUUGGUGCACUUCAGAAGCAGAUUCAACAGCUAAAGGAUCAACUGUCCUUUCUAAUGAAGCAUCAUAACCUGUCAAGGCCUCUUUUGAGUUGUAUGCCGAGUUCUGAAGGGCCCAAAUUGGCUGACCAUUCCUCAGAAGACAGAAGAAUAAUUGAUAACCAUAGUAUGCUUAGUAUAGAAAAUAAGAAGGUGAAAUGCAUGGAAGCUAUUUUAGCUGGUGCUCUUAGGAGAGAAAAGUUGGCAGACACUGCAUUUCAGAAGUUGGAGAAUGAAAUGGAGCGUGUGAACCAAUUAACUUGCCAAAAGGAGGAGGAAGUGCAGCAUGCUAAAUUGAUACUAAGGUUUCGAGAUGAGAAAAUUAAACAACUUGAGUCGUUAAUGGAUGGUUCAUUGCCUGCUGAUCAUUAUCUCAUGGAGGAAAAUAAAGCUUUGAAGGAAGAGAUUCAGCUACUUCAACCAAGGCUUGAUAAAAGUCCAGAAUUGACACGUUUUGCUUUGGAAAACAUAAGACUUCUCGAGCAGCUUCAACUGUUCCAAAAAUUUUAUGAGCAAGGGGAGCGAGAAAUGUUGCUAGGUGAAAUUUCAGAAUUGCGUGAUCAGCUCCUGGUUGAACUUGAAAGAAAUCUUAAGUUCUCCUCAAGACAUGAGUGUCAGGAUAAUGACACUGUAAAAGAGUUGGAGGAUUGCAGGAACAUGAAUUCCAAAUUGAUGAGAGAGGUUGAUGAAUUACAAGAACUCAAGACACACCUGAACAACAGUCAAGCUGCAUAUGAUAAAGGAACAGAUUCAUUUUCUAAGGAUCCUGAGGAGAUAAGGCAAAUUGAUAAAUGUUCUUUGGUUGAAAUGAUAUCUGACGGCAGUGAAUGGGGAGAUGAAAUGACAUUUUUUACCCCAACAGAUUAUAUUUCUCUUCAAAACAAAAACAAUCUACGCACAAGCGCUGCCUCUAUUCAUUCUGGCAAUACUCAAGCCGAGUUGAUGGAAGCUAGACUGUUAAUUCAGGCAAUGGAAUCUGAGCAGGUUCGUCUAAUUGAAGAGCUGCAGCUCAUGCAGGAGCAUAACAACAUGUACAUUGAAAUCUUAAAGAAGAAGGACAACAAAGUAAGAGAACCUGUGCUUGAAUCUGGAAGUAACUGUCUAGAGUUGCACAAUCUAAAAGAGCAGAAUGAAGUUCUGGUAAUGGAGGGGAGCAGAGAGAUCAAGAGCAAUCCUUCGCAAGCCAAGCUGGACAAACUGAAUAAGGACCUCGAGGAGGCCAGAUCACUCAAUUACCAUUAUCAAGAAGAUCAGGCAUCAAAAUUAUAUCAACAGCAUCAAGCUGAAUUAGUUUGUGAAGAAGUUGAGACAGAGACCACCAGAACAAUUCUUCAUUUACAGGAGGAGAUUACUGCUCUUCAAUUGGAGCUUGAUGAGAGAUUAUACUGCAUGACUCAAGAAAACACGGGACUAAGAAACACGGUUGCUGCUAAAGAGGCGGAGAUAAGGGCACUUUGUGGGGAGUGGGAAAGGGCAACCUUAGAACUAACAAGCUUUCUUACAGAAGGUUCUAAAUCUCUCAAAGACGCUUCUGGUCAGAUUGAAAGUAUUGCCAAUGCAUUUCCUAAAUUAAAUGUUUGGAUCGGUGAACAUGCUGAGAGGGCUGCCAGAGCUUGCGUUGACAAGGAGGAAACAAUCUUACAGCUAGAGAAAAGCCUGGAAGACGCGCGCAAGAUGGUAAUGGAUAUGGAGAUGAAGUUAAAUUCCCUGAGAGAGGCAACAAUGGCUUUGAAUGAUUUUCCACAAUCAGAUAAUAAUGAAAGCUCAGAAGAGACAAUCCACUCAACCAUGCAAUUGAAUGAGAAGAUCAAUAUGGUAAAGAUGUUAGAGAGUGAAAUCAAGUUGAAGGAGAUUCACAUUAAUGAAGCAGAAAAACGUGCCGAUGCUGCUUUCUUGGUUGUAAAAUGGCUAUCUGAGUGCCACAAGGUUGCUCACAGUGAUGAUGUCAGGAGGCGCAUUCCCAUCUCAAAGCUUCUUUCUUCCACUAAUAUGGGCUAUCAUAAUACUUUUGAUGAGAAGGUUGAUGCAUGGUCAGAUAACGAUGCACCAACUGGGUGGGAAAAUUUAAUUUUGGAGUCUGAAAAUGCUAUUACUGCUUCCUACAAGGAUGUAGAAGUGCAUAUAGCUGCGCUUCAAGCAGAGGUUCUUGCAGCUUUCGCUUCAUACAGGGACUUGGUUCAGGAUCUGGUGAAAGAAAUUCAUGAGAUGAAGGGUAAAAUUAUGGAAUUAAAAGAAAGGCAGAUGGACUUUCAGUCUUCUACCAUGAAUUGGAAAGCACGGGAACCGCUUGAAUUUUUGAAGUUUGAUAACCAGUUGCGCAUUUUGCAACUAAUAAGAGUUGAACUAGCUAAGAUCAAUGAUAGAAUGGAAAUUGUUUCUGAUUUUGUUGACAAAAAAAUAAGCUCACACAACUGCCUAUUAAACAAAGAAGAUUUUGUGGAAGCAGAUGGCUGGAGCACUGAUAGUUCUGCAUCGUGUUAUUCCAUGAUAGGCUCUGAUCUUUUCCCUGAAAGUGUUUCUCUAGGAAACAAAUUGGAUGGAAAAUCACAUGGUUGCUGCUCUAAACUUUCUAGGAAGAUAACUGAACAAAUGGACCUGGAGUCUCGAAAAGGAUCGGAUGUCCAAUCUGAAUCAGAAGAUUUUCAGUCUGGAUCAGAAAACUCAGAGAAGCUUUUGAAAAUUCCACAUUCCAAUCGAACAAUGACAUUAGAGAUGAAAAGGGAGCUGGAUUUGACAUUUGAUGCAUUCAGCAAAAUCUAUGUUCAUUUAAGCACAAUUUUCAAUGAGGAUGAUUUGAUGCAUUGCACUUGCCCAGAAGAUAUCAAGGAAUCAUUUCCAUCUCUUGGUUCAAGGAUGAAGAUCGCUGAAGCAUUCUGCCAUAGUACUGGAAAGGUAUUUGCAGAUGAUAAAGUCAGUCAUGCUAGUAUCUUCUUAAGAAAAUGCGAGGAAGCCAAUGCAACCAUGAAAGAAGCUGAUUAUAUGUUGAAUGCAUUGAUGGGAGCAAAUGAAAAUGCAAAACAAUUGAGUGAUAUGUGGAAGCAAGCCAAUGAAGAACUGAUGGUAGACAGGUCACGCUUGGUUGAAGAAAACGGACAGCUCAAGUCUUCAUUAUGUUUGAAAGAAGAAGAAAACAAAUUACUGCUGGAUGAAAACAGUCAUGGUUUGGCAGAAGUAGCAAAUUCUGUGUCUUUGCUUGAAGCAUGUUUUCAGCAAAUGCAAAGGGAAGAAGAGGAAAGGUACAAGGUCAUUUAUUCAGAUGUCUUAUCUAUGGUAAGAGAGAUGCUUUCCUUCAUUUGCAAUUCAAGAUCAUCGGUGGAAGAUAUUUUCUCUGAGAUAAUGGAGAAGGGAUUUGCUCGCAGCAUCAUGUACCAUUGCCUUGUAGGAGAGCUUGUCCACAAAAUUCCAAGCUUCAUCGCACAACCAGGUUUCAGUUCAUUCAACCAACAAGAACGCCACAUGGUAAUGGAUACUUCACAAAGAGUUUGCUCGACUGGUCACACUGAAAGCAUUGUCACUAAUGAGCAGGGAAAUGAGGAACAGCGUCUAAGAGACUCUUUCACAACUUUGGAGGAAGGGGAGGGGCCAUCACAUGAUAAACUGACGUACGAGAAUUUGUCUCUUAAGAAAGAAUUGGAAAGGAAAGAAAGUCUACUGAAGGGCUUGCUUUUUGAUUUUAGUUUGCUGCAAGAGACAUCCUCCAAUCGAACAGACUUCAAAGAUGAAACGGAAAAGUUAAUUUUUGCUUUGAGUGAAGUUCAACAUGAGCUAGAGAAGAAAACAAGUCAGAUUGAUGACCUGUUGGUUCAGCAUAGAAAAGUUGAAGGCCAUCUUACGGAUACCGAAAAUGCUUUAUUGGUAUCGAUAUCUGAUCUUGCACAAGCCAAGGAAACAAUAGAUGCCUUGUCAGACGAAAAUGCUGAGUUGAGAAUGCUUCUUAAAGAUAUAUAUCUUAAAAAAUCUGAAGCCGAAGAACAAUUGGAAGAACAGAAAGAGGUGACUAAAAGCUUGGAAGACGAAAUUAUUCACUUGAGUUCUUCUACCGAAAGUAAAUUGCGCUCUGCAGUUGAAAGCCUCGAGGACGAGUUAGAAAAGAUCAGAAAUGAGAGAGACCAACUCCGCGAAGAAAUCCGCUCCUUCAAUGAUAAGCUUGAGAUGGCAUAUGGAUUAGCUGAUGAAAAUGAAGCUAUUGCUGUUGAAGCUCGCCAGGAGUCAGAGGCAAGUAAAAUAUAUGCUGAACAGAAGGAAGAGGAGGUCAAAAUUUUAGAACAUUCUGUCGAGGAGCUUGAGAAUACAAUAAAUGUAUUGGAGAAGAAGGUGUACGAAAUGAAUGAUGAGGUAGAAAGACAUCGAUUGAUCAGAGACUCAUUAGAAUUGGAACUCCGAACUUUGAGGCAGAGAUUGUCAACAGUUGAAAACAUCACCGACAUUGCAGAUUCUGAAAAUGCAAAUUCUGUACAAAAAGAAGAUUCUAUAACUAGGCAACUGCACAAUAGAUUACUGGAGCUUCAUGGGGCUUAUAAUCGGAUAAGACUUCUAGAGAGGGACAUUACAGAAAAAGAUAAAGAGAUCAAACAAUGCAAAGAGUACAUCUCCGAACUUGUACUACAUUCUGAAGCUCAGGCAUCACAGUUUCAAGAGAAGUAUAAGACUUUGGAAACCAUGGUUCGUGAAGUAAAAACAUAUUCGUUGGACUCAGAAUCAGCUCUACAAGUGGUAGAAAAAAGUGAAAAAAGCUCAAUCAGAACUAGGGGUUCUAGUUCACCGUUCAGAUGCAUUGCGGGUUUGGUUCAGCAGAUGAAUUUGGAGAAGGAUCAAGAACUGUCGGUGGCAAGGCUUCGUAUAGAAGAGCUAGAAGCAGUGCUUUCUAGUCGGAAAAAGGAGGUAUGCGCACUAAAUGCUAGACUGGCUGCAGCAGAAAGCAUGACACAUGAUGUCAUUCGAGAUUUACUAGGUGUUAAGUUGGAUAUGACCAACUACGCAAACCUGAUUGAUCAGCACCAGGUUCAAAAAUUAGUAGAGGAUGCUCAUCAGCAGACAGAAGAAUUCCUUGCAAGGGAGCAAGAAAUCCUGAACUUAAGAAAACAGAUAAAUGAUCUCGCUGAAGAAAGAGAGAGUUGUAUAGCUGAAAUAAAUGUUAAAGUAGCAGAUAUGCUUGCCGCCCAGAUGGCUGUAGAGCAACUUAAAGAGCGAGAUCAGUUGCUUUCAGCGCAGAAUGAAAUGUUGAAGGUGGACAAAAGUAAUCUACUUAGAAGAGUUGCAGAUCUGGAUGAAAUGGUGAAAACUCUUCUUGGAACUCAAAUUACCCAACAGCGAGUUCCACCGACAUCCAGUGCCAAGGAGAAACGUGUAUUGAAAUUGGGUGGUGCUGAUUUAACCAAGAGGCUUGCGCAUUCUGAAAAGCUUUUGUCUCGUGUGAACAAUGAACUUGCUCAGUAUCGCAGCAGACCUGAUGCUAGUCAUCCAUAUGUCAGGACUAAUGGGCAGGGCUUAGAACUAAACAACAGGAAGGACAAGGCUUAACACAAUUUUGCAGAGACCUUUUCUUCUUCUCCAUGCCUUCCCAUUUUUUCUUCUGGAGGAUCGCCUGUGCCAUUUUGUCAGCUGAAAAGUUACGCCCAGUGAAUUUGUGAGAUCAUGUGUUGAAAUGAUUUAUAGUGGCUCAUCACCAUAAACUUAUUUUUUAAUUUCAACAGUUUCGUCAAUGUAUUGGCUUUUACCCUGUUAGAAAUUAAUAGGUGUAAAUGUAAUUAUUUGUAAAUUGAUAUAGCAUGCAUUUCCUCCUCCUCUGUGGAGCCUUUUAUAUUCCUA